AUGGGAGAACGCAAAGGUCAGAAUUUCUAUUAUCCUCCGGAUUUCGACUACAAGAAACAUAAAAGUUUGAACAAAUACCAUGGCACUCAUGCAUUACGGGAGAGAGCAAAGAAGAUCUCUCAAGGUAUUCUCGUCAUUAGAUUUGAAAUGCCAUUCAAUAUUUGGUGCCUCGGAUGUAAUAAUCACGUUGGAAUGGGAGUACGAUAUAAUGCUGAAAAGAAAAAGAUUGGAAUGUACUACACUACGCCUUUAUACGAGUUUCGGAUGAAAUGCCAUUUGUGUGACAACUACUUUGUGAUACGUACGGAUCCCAAGAACUUCGAUUACGAGCUGGUAGAAGGAUGCACUCGACAAGAGAAACGGUUCGAACCAUCAGAAGUCGAUCAAGUGGACACAUCCGACAGUGCUUUCAGCCAAAAGUUGGCAGCAGAUGCGAUGUUCAAAACAGAACAUCUCGAAGAUGACAAAGGCAAAGCAACCAACGAUGAAAUUCGUAUGGAAAAGAUUGAGUGGGUUCAGGAAAGACUACGCGAUGACUUUGCAGCUAAUCAAGCCCUUCGAGCGCAGUUCAGGAGAGAAAAAAAGGAGUUGAACGAGAAGAGAGCCAGAGAUGCAGAUCUUCGUGCACGUUGUUCCCUUGAAAUACCGUUGGUUCCAGAGGAUCCGAAUGAUAAGAAGGUGGCAGGGAUGAUGCUGCGCUAUCGAGUUGUCAGUUGUAAGUGGUAUUAG